AUGCUAGUCGACCCCGACGAUUUCGACUUUUACUACUCGUCAGAGGACGACGCACAGCACCAGAAAAGUAAAAGUAAAGAGUCAACGCCAUCCCCGAUACUGUUCUCCCGGGAUUCGAGUGGUGGGAACCGCGUGAAAGGCGAGAGGAGUGGGCGGCAUAGGGAGGUUGACGCGCUGGGUGGGAAUACGGGGUCGGCUGGAGGAGGACGGCAGACACGGAGAAUGAGUCGAGGGACGGGGAUGGCCGGGUCGAGUUCCAAUUCGACUCGGGGCGCUUCCCCACCAACAGGGGUGUUGAUCGAUUUGGAUGCGCCUGAUGAGCCGAUGGUUGAUGUUCGACAUGGGACUGCUGAUGUUCUUGGUGGGGGUGCUCCUAUUCCUGCCCCACCAAGGCUACGAAGAACAACCCCAAUAACCAGGUCCACAAACACAGCAGAACUGAUAGACCUGACCGGUCCCGACUCCCCACCCCUUCCUCGAACCUCCGCGUCACGAAGAGCACCCUCGCAGUCCACGCGCGCUGCCAGCACCACCAACAACCACAGCGUCAACGACCCCGACGACGUCCUCUACACAUCCUUUCUCACGGCCCCGACGAAUGCCAUGAGCAGCCGAUCGACGUCGACAUCGUCAGGGAGCAGCGCGAGGGUCCGGUCGUCGACUUCGUCGAGGACGUCUAGCAGGACGCGGAACAAUCUGUUGAGUGGAGUAGGGGAGGAGAGUAACGCCGCUGGGAGCAGCAGUGGCAAUAGGAGGGUUGGGAGUGGGAGGGCUGCGACGAGCGCGGCGUUGAGAGCGGUAAUGGGGCUGGAUGAGACGGGUGCUGCAGGAGGGACGGGGUCGUCUAGGUCUACUAGGACAAGAUCUUCGGCCCGCGAUCCUCAACGCCUCGGCGGCGGCCGCCGCAUCUCCCCCGACGCCCUCCACCGCGCCCGGUCAACCCGUAACCGUGUCCCCUCACCGACCAGACCCUCCUCGCGCUCCAACUCCCGCACAUCAACAAUAAGAGUACCCCCUAAUCCAAGUCCCACCGGCGAACGAACCCUCUCCGACGAAGACUUUGCCCGAAUGCUUCAAGAAGAGGAAUACAGCGCCCUCCAACAACCCUCUCUCGGACACGGCUACCGGCUCGGCGGCGCGCCUGGCGGACCACCGCGAGGGAUGGGAUACGGCCUCGCGGCGAUGCAGCGGGCACGGCAAAUGGAACGUGCGGCGAGGGGCUCGUAUUUGGGUGCAAGCCCGGAUAUGGAGUUUCUGAUGGCGUUGCAGGGGGAGGAGGGGUGGGGCGCUGAGGAGCUGUUGGCGGAUUUGAUCAUGCCAGGCCACCUUCAACACGCCGAAAACUACAUGGACGACGACGAACUCGACUACGAGCGCCUCCUCGCUCUCGGGGACCGCCUCGGCGACGUCAAACCCAAAGGCCUACCCGCUGCCACCAUCGCCUCCCUCCCGACCUGCACCUUCCAGCCCUCCUCCACAUCCUCCCGUAAAGGCAAAACAUCAACAGCGGCCGCGGCGAGUGUGGUGUAUCUGUCGGGCGAGGACGCGAAAUGCACGGUGUGUUUGAUGGAGUAUGAUGCUGGGGAGGAGAUCAAAGGGACGCCGUGCAUGCAUUGGUUUCAUGGGGAGUGUCUGGACCAAUGGCUGAAGAACAAUAACUCGUGUCCGAUUUGCCGCACGUCGAUCACCGGUAACUGA